CGGCCAUGGCGGCUCCAGGUGCGCUCACCUGGGGGCUGCUCUACCUGGCAGGUGUGCUGAGCUCAGGUGAGCCGGGACAGCCGCGCUCAGGUGCGCCCGAGGAGGGCCAGGUGCGCCUGGCCGGGGGCCCGCACAGGUGCGCGGGGCGCGUCGAGGUGUUCCACGCGGGCAGGUGGGGCACGGUGUGCGACGACGCCUGGGAGCUGCCGGACGCGCAGGUGAGCUGCCGCCAGGUGCGCUGCGGCCCCGCCCUCUGGGCGCCAGGUGCGGCGCAGUUCGGGCGGGGCUCAGGUGAGAUCUGGCUGGACGAGGUCACCUGCGCCGGGAACGAGACUCACCUGGGCCAGUGCCACGCCCGGCCCUGGGGACACAACGACUGCUUCCAUGGAGAGGACGCGGGGGCCGUGUGCGCAGGUGUUGCAGACUCCCUGGAGCCGGAGCCGCCUCACCUGCACCUGUCCGGGGGCCGGCACCGCUGCGCGGGGAGGGUGGAGCUGCUGCACCUGGGCAGGUGGGCCGGGGUCUGCGGCCACACCUGGGGCCCGCGGGAGGCUCAGGUGGUCUGCAGGUACCUGGGCUGCGGGACCCCCCUGGCUGACGCACCUGGGGACGCCCCCGGGGACGCACCUGGGGACGCACCUGGGCAGGUGUGGCUGGAGCAGGUGAGCUGCGAAGGCACCGAGAGGGACCUGAGGCACUGCAGGGCGGGGCCCUGGCGGGAGCGCACCUGCGAGCGGGGGGGCGUGGCCAGCGUGGCGUGCUCAGGCUCCGCGCUGGCCACGCCCCCCCAGGUGCGGCUGGCGGGGGGGCCGCACAGGUGCGCGGGCCGCGUGGAGGUGUCGCACCUGGGCAGGUGGGGCACGGUGUGCGACGACACCUGGGCGUUCCCCGCGGCCGCCGUGGUUUGCCGCUACCUGGGCUGCGGACAGGUGAUCGCGGCCCCGCCCCGCGCGCGCUUCGGGCCCGGCCGCGGCCCCGUGUGGCUGGACGGGCUCACCUGCACAGGUGAGGAGGCCGCGCCCUCCGAGUGCCGCCACAAGGGCUGGGGAGUGCACACCUGUGAGCACAGCGAGGACGCCGGGGUGGUGUGCGCAGGUUCUGGCCUGGCUGACCUGACUCACCUGCGCCUGGCCGAGGGCCCGCACAGGUGCGCCGGGCGGCUGCAGGUGCUGCACGAGGGGCGCUGGGGCGGGGUCUGCGGCCUCACCUGGGCGCUGCCGGCCGCCCGCGUCACCUGCCGCUACCUGGGCUGCGGCCCCGCCCUGCGGGCCGGCCAGGUGAGCGUCGGGAGGGAGGAGCUCACCUGGCUGGAGUCGCUCAGGUGUAACGGCAGCGAGUGGAGCCUCCUCGAGUGCCAGGUGAGGCUGUGGGGCGCCCCCUACUGCCCGCACGCCACCCUCACCUGUGCGCGGCCAGGUGAGACCCUGGCACUCUCAGCUGAGCCCCAGGUGUCCCCAGGUGAGCUCCAGGUGUCACCAGGUGAGCUCCAGGUGUCACCAGGUGAGCCCCAGGUGUCACCAGGUGAGCUCCUGGUGCCCUCAGGUGUGACCACGGUGCCCUCAGGUGAGCCCCUGGCACCCCCAGGUGCAUCCCAGCCGCGUCCAGGUGUGACCCUGGCGCCCCCAGGUGUGCCCCAGGCGUCUCCAGGUGUGCCCCAGGCGUCUCCAGGUGUGCCCCAGGUGUCUCCAGGUGUGCCCCAGGCGUCUCCAGGUGAGUUCCUGGCACCCUCAGGUGUGCCCCCAGGUGUGAGCCCGGAACCCUCAGGCGUGCCCCCAGGUGCGACCGUGACACCCUCAGGUGUGCCCCCAGGUGCGACCGUGACACCCUCAGGUGUGCCCCCAGGUGCAACCGUGACACCCUCAGGUGCGCCCGAGGAGGGCCAGGUGCGCCUGGCCGGGGGCCCGCACAGGUGCGCGGGGCGCGUCGAGGUGUUCCACGCGGGCAGGUGGGGCACGGUGUGCGACGACGCCUGGGAGCUGCCGGACGCGCAGGUGAGCUGCCGCCAGGUGCGCUGCGGCCCCGCCCUCUGGGCGCCAGGUGCGGCGCAGUUCGGGGAGGGGGCGGGGCCCAUCUGGCUGGACAGGUUGGGCUGCACAGGUGAGGAGACUCACCUGGCCCAGUGCCCCGCCCGGCCCUGGGGACAGCACACCUGCACCCACCGGGAGGACGCCGGGGCCGUGUGCGCAGGUGAAGGGACAGCCCCCGGCCAGGUGCCGUCUCCCCAGGUGCGUCUCUCAGGUGCACCCGACAGGUGCGCGGGGCGGGUGGAGGUGCUGCACGCUCACCUGUGGGGCACGGUGUGCGACGACGGCUGGGGCCUGCGGCAGGCUCAGGUGCUCUGCGCUCACCUGGGCUGCGGCCACGCCCUGGAGGCGCUGGGGGCCGCCAGGUACGGCCAGGGGGCGGGGCCAAUCUGGCUCGAUGACGUCAUCUGCACGGGAAAGGAGCGCGACUUCUUCAGGUGCGCCCACCGCACCUGGGGGGAUCACAACUGCCAGCACGCCGAGGACGCGGCGGUGGUGUGCGCAGGUAACUCCAGCUCACCUGAGGUGCGGCUGGUGGCCGGGCCGCACCUGUGCGCAGGUAGGGUGGAGGUGCUGCACGAGGGGCGCUGGGGGACGGUCUGCGACCACGGCUGGGACCUGCGGGACGCACAGGUGGUCUGCCGCCAGCUGGGCUGUGGGAGGGCGCUGGCGGCUCGAGGCCACGCCCACUUUGGGCAGGGCUCGGGCCAGGUGUGGCUGAGCGACCUCACCUGUUUGAGCGGGGAGCGACACCUGUGGCACUGCCCCGGCCCCACCUGGGGCAACAACACCUGCGGGCACGAGGAGGACGCGGCGGUGGAGUGCACAGCCCCCCCGUCGGUCCCCACCCCGCCUCCGGAGCCGCUCCAGGUGCGCCUGGCGGGGGGCCCGGGCAGGUGCGCGGGGCGGGUGGAGGUGUUACACCUGGGCAGGUGGGGCACGGUGUGCGACGACACCUGGGACCUGCGGGCGGCCCGGGUCACCUGCCGGCACCUGGGCUGCGGCCCCGCCCUCAGCGCACCUGGCGGCGCCCGCUUCGGGCCCGGCCGCGACCCCGUCUGGCUGGACCAGGUGAGCUGCUCAGGUGAGGAGCUCACCUUGGACAGGUGCGAGCUGCGGCAGUGGGGAGAGCACGACUGCGGCCACGAGGAGGACGCGGGGGUGGUGUGCGCAGGUGAGCAACGACAGGUGUGUGCAGGUGUGAACAGGUGUGAACAGGUGUGUGUGAACAGGUGUGUGCAGGUGUGUCCUGACAGGUGUGAGCAGGUGUGAACAGGUGUGAACAG